GGUGCGCCAAAGCGACGGCAAGCGAUAGUGAGUGACGCCUCCAGUAGACGCCUCCUGCUAAGAAUUCAGUCUUAAAGUUUUCAUUGAGUGACGUGAGCGCGGUAGAACGAUCGGUUCAUAUUAAUUAUAGAAAACACAGCGUUCCAGGUUGAUCGAUAGUUAAGACGCCGUUCGUAAUCGCCGAUUUGAGAACUUGACCUGUGUACCAGUGAAACAAUCAACAAAAUGCAGCAGGGAUUUCCAGGUCAGCAUACGACCACUACAAUGGUCACAGUCGGAACUACCACGGUCAACCCUACGAUCAGGUUUGAUCGUUCAUUGAUUCUGACUUUGCCGAGUAUAUUGAGAAUUACACAAAUGCUUUUCAGUCUCCUCGGUUUCAUUUGUGUGACAACUACGCUGUUUGCCUACAAAAGCCAAGGUCAAUGGUUCAACACAGUUGCCAUGGGUGGAUUUUGGUAUACCGCUAUCAUAUUUAUCUUCUACCUAUUCCACGUUAUCGAAAAGCUCCACAAAAUACCGUGGCUAAAAAUAGAGCUGGUCUUCUGUAUUAUUUGGUGUGUGUGCAACUUUGUGGCUGCAGUAGUGAUCGUCACCUAUGUUUCGUACGAUGGCGCACUUGGUUUUGCUACAUUUUUUGGAUUCGGCGCAAUGAUUGCCUUCGGGAUAGACGCGUACCUGAAAUAUAUGCGCAUUAAGAGAGGGGAGAUUGCACAGGGCGAGCGUCAAGCUAGUAAAACAGUAUCAUCGGUAACCAGCCCUGCCUAUUAACUCUAUAGCAGGUGGCAGAAUGCUACUUCAACGCUUAUAACCUGCACAAGUUUGUUCAGUCAUUUGGUUAAUCGAUUGGUCAGACGCUAAAUCUCAAUCAUGCUAUUACCCACGUACCUGCGAAGGUUUGACACUGUACUUACAAAGUAAUUUCAAAGCUGUUGGUAAGGUACAAUUACACGUGUUCUUCGUAUUCGUUUGAUAUACCGUAUUUUAUACUGACAAAUUUAUAUACGUUAACAUUUGCGAAGAUACCAUUUAAAACAAUGAAAUAACAUAUUUUUCGAUACAUUUCAUAUUGUCAGGCUUGUUACCUACAUUCGUAGAUCUGAUUAUCAGACCUUGUUGUUUGUUGUACAUUUUGCUUAAUCUAAUCAUACACCACACAAUGAUAUUUUUCUAAGACGACUAACGAUUUAAAAAUAAACAAUAAUUUAUC